UCUCUAUUAUGACAGCUUUCAAAAAUAGUCUCUUCUCUUUCACUCUCUCUGUGUUCUAAUCUAAAAAGCAAAACCGCCGCCAUGUAUGAACAUGAAAGCUCUUGUUCCCAUUUUUUCUCUUCUUCAAGAAAUUAUUUUUUUCCUCUUUAGGGAACACAACAAUUCCCAAAAAUAGUGUAGAAUUUUUCCUAGCUUUGGGAAUCGUUUGUUGAAUUUUCUGGUGUAAACUGUGAAGAUUACUUUCAAAUCCAUUUUUACAAGUAAGCUAAAAGGGGCUGAAGUGGAGAAAACAAGUAUUAGCUGAAAAACAUAUGUAAAAAUUUCAAGUUUUAUUAGCUAAAUAUGGCAGAGAUUGAAAAAUUAGCUGGUUCUGGUUCAUUAGAAGAAACGAUUACACAGCAAAAUUAUCCAGUAAAGAGGAAAAGGAAUCUUCCUGGAAAUCCUGAUCCAGAAGCAGAAGUGAUAGCUUUAUCACCAAAAACUCUAAUGGCGACAAACCGAUUUGUGUGUGAGAUUUGUAACAAAGGUUUUCAAAGAGAUCAAAAUUUACAGCUUCAUCGGAGAGGUCACAACUUGCCAUGGAAACUCCGGCAACGAACAAGCAAUGAGGUGAAAAAACGUGUUUACGUUUGUCCAGAAUCUUCAUGCGUUCAUCAUGAUCCUUCUAGAGCUUUAGGCGAUCUCACUGGAAUUAAGAAACAUUUCUGCAGAAAACAUGGUGAGAAGAAGUUUAAAUGUGAACGUUGCACCAAAAAAUACGCUGUUCAUUCCGAUUGGAAAGCACAUAUGAAAACUUGUGGUACUAGAGAGUAUCGUUGCGAUUGUGGAACUUUAUUUUCCAGGAGGGAUAGCUUCAUAACUCAUAGAGCAUUUUGUGAUGCAUUGGCUCAAGAAAGUGCAAGAUCUCAUCAACCAUUAAUGGAGGAUACAAAUGCUGAAGGAGAUUUGAAGGUUGAUGAAGCUAUUAACAAAACGGUGUCGUCUUCAUCUAGUCCACCACCACAACCUUUAACUCCAUCAACUGGCGUUCUCUCUCCAGUUCUGUCCAUUCAAAGUUCAGAAUUGCCUGUAGAAAAUCAAAAUCAAGGUGGAGUACAAUUGCAACAAGCACAAGGUACAACAACACAUGUUUCUACCACCCCUGUCAUCACAAUUUCCACUGCUGCUGCUAGUGGUCCUAGUAGUAGCAAGGUGUUUGCUAGUGUGUUUCCAUCGUCGUCAUCAGCUCAGCAUGUAAACUCGUCUUACUCGGAUAUUCUACGUGCUAUUGAGACCGAGCAAGUGAUGGCUGUAGAGCCGAUGUCACUCUCAUUGUCGUCUUCUCUUUACUUGUCUAAUAAUGGACCAAGUUUAUUCCAAGAACACACUGGUGGCCACGGCCACGGCCAUGGCCAGCAUUAUGGUUCAGCAACAAUGCAGCCAGCAUUAUCUGCAACUGCAUUACUUCAAAAAGCAGCCCAAAUGGGGUCUACAACCUCAAACAACUCGUUUCUCCGUGGCCUUGGAUUGGCAAUCUCAUCGAGUGCUUCUACACCGGAGGAGAAUUCACUAGCAAGGAGGACUAAUGCUCUCGGCCAUGUGAAGCUGGAGAGCAAUAUUAAUGCAGAGGUACCCGGGCUCGGGAUACAGCUUCAUGGUCAUUCAGGAUUUACUGACUUUAGGAUGGGUCCAUCCAUAUCUCAUCAGACAUCUAUGAUGUUCGGAAGCAAGCCUCCGACUCUUGAUUUUCUUGGUUUAGGAAAUGGUGCAAGUGUAACUCCAUCAAACGGAUUUUCAGCGUUUUUAAGCUCAAUGGAAGAUGGAUUUGGUGUUGUAGCUGAGCCUUGGGAUGACCCUUCUGAUAGAAAACCUGCUAUGCUCUAGCUGGAGUUUAGUUGCAUUAAUGCAAUGCCUGUCAAGGGCUUGCUCUGCGCUCAUCACCACCUACCUGCAUUUCACAUCUCGACACAGUGGAGCCCGUAACCCGCCUUGCAAUUAAGCUCUCUAUUCACAUCCCUCUCAAAGUUUUUGGAUUGGAGUUUAGUUUUUUGUUUGAUAUUAUACAUAUGCAAUAGUUGAUAGGGAUAGCUAAGUUAUGUUCAUAAUCUUGAUAUUGCACCCUUUUGGUCUCUCAACCAAACGUCAUUAUAAGAUUUUAGUUUAUUUUGGAAAUCAUAUUAGGAGGACAUGCAGUUAAUUAGGAGAAUAUAGUAGCUAUUAGCUAGGUUUCUAAUUAUUUUGUAGUAAUUGUUAUGUGAGAGAAUAACUAAGUUCA